AUGGGAUCAACCUUGAGUUGUUGUGGCUCGGAGAAGGUUGAAGAAGGGAUAAAUACAGUCACUGCUGCUAAUCAUGCAACAUGGAGGAUAUUUUCUUACAAGGAGCUGUAUACCGCUACCAAUGGCUUCAGUGAAGAUAACAAGCUUGGAGAAGGUGGUUUUGGCAGUGUCUACUGGGGAAAAACUUCUGAUGGCCUUCAGAUAGCAGUGAAAAAAUUGAAAGCUAUGAAUUCGAAAGCCGAGAUGGAAUUUGCAGUGGAAGUUGAAGUUCUUGGAAGGGUAAGGCACAGGAAUUUGUUGGGCCUAAGAGGGUACUGUGCUGGGACUGAUCAACGCCUCAUAGUUUACGAUUACAUGCCUAAUCUGAGCUUGCUCUCUCAUCUCCAUGGCCAAUUUGCCAACGAAGUGCAGUUAGAUUGGAAAAGGAGAAUGAAAAUUGUGAUCGGCUCCGCCGAAGGCCUCCUGUAUUUACACCAUGAGGUGACUCCUCAUAUCAUUCACAGAGAUAUAAAAGCCAGCAAUGUUCUCCUGGAUUCGGAUUUUGAGCCACUGGUUGCGGAUUUCGGAUUCGCCAAGCUAAUUCCUGAAGGCGUCAGCCACAUGACCACCAGGGUGAAGGGAACUUUAGGCUACCUAGCUCCAGAAUACGCCAUGUGGGGCAAAGUUUCCGAGAGUUGCGAUGUUUACAGCUUUGGAAUUCUUUUGCUUGAAAUCCUGACAGGAAGAAAGCCAAUCGAAAAACUUCCAGGAGGAGUCAAAAGAACCAUAAGCGAAUGGGCAGAGCCCCUCAUUCUGAAAGGCAGAUUCAAGGAUCUAGUUGACCCAAAACUCCGAGGGAACUUCGAUAACAAUCAGUUGAAACAAGCUAUCAAUGUCGCCGCCCUGUGUGUGCAGAGCGAGCCCGAGAAGAGGCCAAACAUGAAGGAGGUCGUGAAUAUGCUUAAAGGGUCUGAUCCUCGAGGAAAGGUGGUGCAAAUGAAAAUCGAAAGUGUCAAAUACAAGGAAGAAUUGCUGGCUAUGGAUCAAACGAGUGAUGAUGAUGAUGGUGGUUACGACGGUGAUGAAAGUACUUUUGGAGUUUUCGGUGCCAUGGAGGUCCCGAAAAUGCAAGAUCCUUAUAAUAAGAAUCGGAAAACGCAUAAGUAUGUAUGA